CAAUGUUUUUGGGAAUUUGGGUGAAUUAUUAUCCAAAAUAUUCCCAUUCCAACAGUAUUAUGUCUGCAUUUAUUAAAUAAUUGCUAGUACAAUCAUGUCAUGACGAUAGAUAUAAUAUUUAUUAUAAAUAAAUCGUGUUUAUAAGUGUUUUGGAAUCUCCAAUAUGGGUAUCACAGGUUUGAUCCCGUUUUUGGAGAAGGCCUCACGGCGAGCUAACGUGGGUGAAUUCAACGGGUGCACCGUCGUCAUAGACUCGUAUUGUUGGUUGCACAAGGGAGCCUUUGCCUGUGCUGAUAAGUUAGUGAGAGGAGAAGAGACUGACAUUCAUAUCAAGUAUUGCUUGAAGUAUGUGACCAUGCUGUUGUCAAAGAACAUCAAACCAAUAUUGGUGUUUGAUGGACGCCACCUGCCAGCAAAAGCUAUGACUGAAGCUAAGAGAAGAGAGUCGCGUGAUAUAUCGAAGAAAAGAGCAGCUGAAUUAUUAAGUCUUGGCAAGAUUGAAGAAGCCCGAUCCUACAUGCGACGCAGCGUAGACAUCACACACGCUAUGGCGCUAAGCCUUAUCAAGGAAUGUCGUAAACGCAAUGUGGACUGCAUUGUGGCUCCAUACGAGGCCGACGCCCAACUGGCAUAUUUGAACAUCAAGAAUAUAGCCCAGUUGGUUAUAACGGAGGACUCUGACUUGAUACUAUUCGGGUGCACUAAGGUCCUCUUCAAAAUGGACCUCGACGGCACGGGCACGCUAGUGGAGACCGCCAAGUUGCCUCUCGUGAUGCGGUGCCCCAUCGAGCACUACCGCUUCGACAAGUUCCGGCAGAUGUGCAUCAUGUCAGGCUGUGAUUAUCUCGCGUCUUUGCCUGGGAUCGGAUUGGCUAAGGCCAGGCAGUUUGUUACGGCUACGCAGGACAGCAAUUUUGCCAAUGCCCUGAAGAAACUGCCAAGCUUCUUCAACCGGUCCAGUCUCACAGUGACAGAUGAAUACCGGGAAAACUUCUUAAAGGCUGAGGCGACGUUUAAACACCAGUACGUCUACGAUCCCAUAGAGAGGCAGAUGGUACGGCUCACUGAACCUGAUGACGAAGACAUAGAAAAAGCGUUAUGCGUGAACGCAGGCGAACUAUUAGACCCUAAGACCGCGUUCCAGCUAGCUUUAGGGAAUUUGGACCCUUUCUCCUUGAAGAAGAUGGAUGAUUGGCACCCUGACUACAGGCCUGUUGAAAACGGCAUGAAAACGGACAACUGGAAAGACAAAGGAACCGCACCCCACCCUAGUAUAUGGAGCCCGGACUUCUCAAAAUACUUGAACGAAGAUAGCCCGUGGGCGAAGAAGGUGAAGAAAGUUGAGCCCAUCAUAGCCGUGCCUACGGUUAGGACGAGGAAGGUGGUUAACUUGGUGGCUAAAGUUGUCCCGGAGACUCAGGAUGCAAGUUUAUCAAUAGAAACACUAAGCAACAUGUACUGCGUUCAACCGGCGUUGAAAAAACCAAAACUGGACCCAGACGCAACAUUAGACCUAAGCGAUACCUAUCUAGACUCACAAGACCCAAACAAAGCAUUCCAAGACGACGAAAUCGAAAGAAAUUUACCUCAGAACAAAUCUCCUAUCUUAGAAAAUAAGCAAAGGUCUUUUAAGAAAAGUUUAAGCAAUACUUAUUCCGUUUUAAAAAGACUGAGCAAGUUCCCUAGAACGACUUUAGACGGAAAUUUAGUAGAAAGUAAGUUUUUCAACGGACCCAGUGUUGUUAUAGAGGAAUCUCCAGAAAGGACUAGUAAAAAUCCAUUUAAAAUUGAGAAUAAAACUGAAAUAGAGCAAGAAUCUCCUGAACGUGUUAGUAAAAAUCCUUAUAAAAUUGAGAAUAAAUUUGAGAUUGAUUCUCAAUGUUCUCAGAUUGAAGAUUCUCAGCUUGGGAGUUCUCAGAAGGAGAAUUCUCCGUGUAAUAGUCCUGUGAAAUUACCUAGUCCCGUUUUAGAGCCUAGCCCUAGAUGUAAGACGUUUAGGAUGCGAUUGGAGAAUGAAGUGUCUAGAGAAAUUUUGAGCGAAGAAUCUGUGAUAGAAAACACUUAUCCUAUGGAGAAUUUGGUUACCCCAGUGGAUUCUCAGGAAUCGUACGGCGAGUCCCCUCCUAAAACAGCUUACAAUGGCACCAUUAGACCACUACCCCUAAGUCAGCCGGGGAAACCGAACUUCAAGAAGUCUACCUGCAGAGUUCCGGGGCUGAAGCGGACCGUCUCCGUGCCGAGCAAUCAACCUACUUUAUUGAGCAAAUUCGGAUUCCAGAAGAAACCAGUAUUGAAGAGAUGAGUUUUUUUUUCAAGAAAAAACCUAGAUUUACCCAACGACAUACUAUCUAUAAUGCCGUGUCUGUUGCAUUCUUUCGAGCAAAGUCCGCUGCCUCUUUCUAACAACACUGACAAGUUUUAACGUGCGAAAGAGACGGGCAUAACUUUGCCAGACACGGCCACGCUUUUUAAAGGAAUUAUCUGUAGGAGUAACAUUAUUUUGUUUAGUGUCGAGAGUUGCAUUUAUUUUUAAUUGUUGAUUUUGUUAUGGACAAGGGAUGUGCCCUGAUUGUAUGAUGUUAAUUUCUUAAUUAUGUGAUUAUAAUUAUAAUAAUAUGAAUCAAG